GCUUUCUCUCUCUCUCAAGCUUUCUCUCUCAAACUCUCGGUUCGAGUCCCCGUCGCGGCCCCCGUCGAAGUCGCGUUGCCCCCCGUCGAAGCCGCGCUGCCCCCCGUCGAAGCCGCGCUGCCCCCCGUCGAGCCCCCGUCACAGCCCCCGUCGAAACCCCGCGCCUCCGUCUUGCCUCUCGCCGUCUGUCAUCCAAAACCCACGGUUCAAGUUUCUCCAUACCCAAAACAAAGAUGCCGAAGUAUCUUUUACCCUUGACAGAUCACUUUCCUGGACGAGUCACAUAUAGGGGCAAUGGUUACUUUAAAACAAUCAAGGACAAGUUUGAGGAGCUCGGGUUGAUAGAAAGGGUGAAGGAAUCCCCAUUCAAACAAUUUUUCAUGGCUGAGAAAUUGGACUUCUCUGCAUCUCUCAUGCAUCAAUUAAUGUUGCGCAAGAUCCAGUGCUUCAAAGAGGAUGAGUUGCAUUUACAUUUGGGAUCUAGACCCUGCAGAUUUGGUAGAGGCGAGUUUGCUUUGGUUACGGGGUUGAACUUCAGUUCCGGGCCAUCUGAGACUGAUUUGAAGAAACACUUGACUAGUGACCGCUUAAUCAAGGAGUACUUUAAUGAUGAAGAAACAGUGAAGUUAAUGCAUUUGGAGGCUGCUUUAAAAAACUGCACUAUAGUUGAAGAUGCCUACAAGUUGGGCCUAUGUUUCUUUGUUGAGGGGGUUUUACUUGCACGAGAGGGCAAGUUAAAUGUCUGGAUAGAUUCGCUGAAGAUGGUGGAGGACACUGAGUACUUCUUUACUUACCCAUGGGGGAAGGUGUCUUUUAACAAGCUUAUGGAUUCAUGUAAGAAAGACAUGCAUCAUCAGAAAAGGAACUAUGAGAAGAAAAAGGAAGUUAAGGGGAAACAGAAAGAAGCAAAAUACAGUUUGUAUGGUUAUGUCCCUGCAUUGCAGUAUUGGGCAUAUGAAGCCAUCCAGCAGUUUGCACGUGAGUAUGGUAUUAACCAUGGAAACCAGUUUCCGAGGAUGCUUAGUUGGUCGAGCAAUAAGGAGCGUCCUAUUUCGAAGGCCGACCUUGCACCGAUGUUCAAGAAGACGAGUUUGAUUGUGUUGUCCAUGUUGAAGCCCCGGCCUUCGGAGAUAGAUUAUUAUAGCGCUCUGACGGAGGGUGAUGCUCCCUUGUAUCCCGGGUUGGGCCAAGAAGAAGAGGUAGAAACUCCCACUGAUUUUGAGAAGGUGGCGGAGAUAGCUGCUGAGGUUGCGAAGGCAGCAAAUAUUUUUGUUGAUGGCCCUGAUGAUGAGGAUACCCCAGCCCCCAUCGACCCCACACCCUCGGCCCCAGCCCCAUCGGUACACCCCAGUCCUGAUCAACCUGAUUUACGGGAGGUGUUGGAGAGGUUGGAGCGAGUCGAGAGUCGUCAGGAUACCAUCCUAGAGAACCAGGCGGUCAUCAUGGAUGUUGUCAAUAAGAUCUUGACAUUCGUACAAGAUCUUCCAAAUGAUUCUGAUUCUGAUUCCGACUCACUUGACCUCCCAGAUGAUUUUGUCUCACAUGACAUAGGCACUCCUCCCCCGAUAGUACUCACAGCAAAUCCUGAGACCCCAGGUGUUGCUAUUAUAGAACCUGGGGAUGUUGUUGGUGUAGAGUUUCAAUUGGCCAAGAGGAAAAGACGCAAACCUAAGAAAUUUGAAGACUACACCGACCCAACCAGAAAGAAAGCUCGUUUGGAUGCGAUUGAUGACGUGCCAUUAGUCCUCGACCCUCUAAAGAAGCCACUUGCUACACAGUACAGAACGGUCGGCAAGUGGUUGCUUGGAGAUAUUCCGAACAAGACGAAGAGGGAUGUCCAAUCUGGUGUGUAUGGUCCGAGUUGGUUUCUGACGAUGAAGACACCACAGUUUUGGAUCGAUGAUGGGCAUAUUGAUGCGGCCAUGCAUAUGCUACGUAGGCGUCGACAGUUCUAUCCCGGGGCGUAUCGGCAAGAUGGUGUUGUGAUGAAUAUUAUGUUCUCACAAGUGGUACCGGCUCGUUAUGAUGCAUAUCAGACUGCCAAGGAAGCGGAUAAGAAAAGGUUUUUGUGGGAUUCAGAUGUGAUAUCAAUGAUUACGGGAAUUGACAAUCAAUUUCUGGCAUCGUGGAAGGGAGUAGACACUGUAUAUUGGUGCCAGAACUACCUUCAAGCGCAUUGGUUUGCAGUUGAAGCCUCCAUUUCUACUUGGACUCUGAAUGUUUAUGAUUCGGACGUGACCGUGAUAAGUGAUAAACAACUGCAAUCUUUUAUGAAGUCAUGGUCUACUUUGUUCCCAUCGUUGUUAUUACAGUCACAACUUUUCAAGGACGACCCUCGGUUGACGAUUCCACCUGGAGCUAAAAGAUGCAAAGAGUUCAAUGUGCACCGCAUGCCAGUUGAUUCAGUACCCCAAACCAAAGUCAGUGGAGAUUGUGGUGUGUACGCCAUCAAGCACAUCGAACACUUAUUGGGUAGGCUACCACUUGACACGAUUUGCGAUGACAACAUGAAGUUGUUCAGAAACAAAUGGACAGUUGACUUAUGGUAUCAGAAUGUUAGACAUUGAACAUUCUCAUGUUAUAUUUAUUUGCUUAAAAUGUAGAUUUUUAAGAAAUUUUUUUGAGUCGAGUAUCUUUUUAUUAACGACAAUUAACAACCAAAAUUCAUUAACGACAAUAAAAAAAGAAAACAAAAAAUAACCUUCAACUUCAAGUUUAAAUAAAAUACAACAAAAAAUAAACUCAAAGCCGAGCUUUGCAUGAGGAUUUGUUGUGGCCACGACCACCACAUCUACUACACUUACGCAUUGUAACUGGUUUUUCCCCGCCAGAUGGCCAACGAUUUGUCCUUGGUCUUCCUAGCUUUGGUUUUUUUGGGCGACCAACUUGUUGUUUCUCUAUGGGUACACCAACUACCAUAUUCUUAAUGUCAUCUGGAAGUAUCCAGUCAUCCUCGUUCCCAGUUGGGUAAAUGGUUUCUUUGUACGAAUUCCUCCAUGACUCAAUGGUGUAAAACGGUGAACACAAGGAGUAAAGGUUCA